GGCAGCGGCGGCGGCGGCAGGGGGGAGGGGGGCACGUGGCCACUCGGCGCCGGCGCCGCACCCUCGGGAGCCGCGUGGCCUGCUCCGCGCCGCCCCUGGUCCCCAGCCCGCCGCCCUGCGCUGCCCCCUGCGGCCGGCGCUGGCACCUGCACCAUGUAAGCUCGCUGCCCCGCAUGGCCGCGACGACGCAGAGAGCCCGCCUCCGCCCGGCUGCCCUCCCAGGCACCCCUGCGCUGCAGGGGUCCGCCCUUCCUUCCACGCCCACCUUGGCUCCCGGGUUCCCGCUGCGCCCCGGGGGUGGUCGGGGCGGGAAGCGGCCCCAGGCCGGCCUGGGUGCUUGAGCUGCGGCCGGAGGGACCCCGCCAGUGGGGCGCCCAGAGCCUUGACUUGUGUCCAAUACCCCACCCGACAGAGAAAGAGAGCCGCAUAUGGUGACAGGAGGCUGCCCACCUGCCUUUGGAGUACCCAAUUGGUGAACGGGGAGAAGCGUCCUUGGGGCGACCAUCAUGUGUUCUCCUGAGAGCCCCAAAAUCCUCUACAGGAAUCCCAGGCUCCUCCGCUUGGCUUUUCUGCAGCUCCAUCACCAGCAGCAGAGCGGCGUGUUCUGUGAUGUUCUCUUGCAGGCAGAAGGUGAGGCAGUCCCAGCUCACUGCUGCAUCCUCUCGGCCUGCAGCCCCUUCUUCACGGAGCGCCUGGAGCGAGAGCGGCCAGCCCAGGGCCGGAAGGUGGUGCUGGAGCUGGGGGGCCUGAAGAUCGGGACCCUGCGCAAGCUGGUGGACUUCCUGUACACAUCUGAGAUGGAGGUCUCCCGGGAGGAAGCCCAGGAUGUGCUUUUGGCUGCUCGGCAGUUGCGUGUGUCAGAGCUUGAGUCACUGCAGCUGGAAGGGGGGAAGCUGGUGCGGGUGGCCCAGGGCAGGCGCCUGAAUCGCAAGUGCCUGCAGCCCCCACCCACUGACCCUAUCUCAGCCCGUGUGGUGGGGCCCGGCCGCCGGCCCCGGACUCCCCUGCCUCCUCCCCAGGCAACCUGUGUCCCUGGGGCCGUGAAGCUCAAGCUCCUGGGGAAGGAGGAGGUUCUCCCUAAGGAGAGCCGGGGGCAGAGCCCAGAGAACCUGCCAGAGACCAAGGGCAAAGCCCGUGUGUGUCCACCUGCCCAGGCAGAGAGCUCUUCCACCAAGAACCAGGCGCAAGGGCCCAAGGAGAACAGGAGAGUGCCAGGCCUGGGUGCCGCUGAGCUUUUUCCUCCCAGCCCCACAGUGGAUGAGCCCCUACUGCCCAGGAAGAUCCGGCUGAGCCGCUCAAAGCUGUCCCCUGAUGUGUGCCCCGCAAAGACUUUGGGUGCUGUGGCAGGGGCCACUCCAGGGCCCACGCCACCUAGUCGCCGCCUCUGGCGCCAGAAGACUCUGAGCAAGGAGGUCCCAGAAGAGGAACAGGGGCCAGGGAAGGUUGGCCCUCCAGAGGGCACUGCCAGCCCUUCCCUGCCCUCCAAAGUGGGUGCCAACAAGAAACGGAGCCCCGAGGCCAGGGCACCUAGCUCAGACUCGGCAGAGGAGGGACAGGUGGGGCGGGUGAAGCUGCGCAAGAUUGUCAAUGGGAGCUGCUGGGAAGUAGUCCAGGAGUCCCCCUCCCGGGACCCCCAGGAGAGCCAGCAGCCCCCCUUCCGGGACCCCCAGGAGAGCCAGCAGCCCUCGGGGCUCGGUGGGGAGGCCGCUGAGGAGGUGCAGGGGCUGGAGGAAGAGGACAAGCCCGUGGCGGAGGAGGGCCAGUGCCCACUGGAUGCCCCAGCCUGCACCAGGCUGCAGGAGACGUUGGUGCCCACUGGCCAGUUCCCAGAGCAGGCAGAGAUCAAGUCAGAGUGCCCCGACGUGCCAGACAUGGUAGAGAAAGCAGCCAUGCUGAGCGGAGACUGCAGGGAGCCCUAUGAGUUUGUCCCGGCCCUGCUGGGCCAGCCGUGUGAGGCCGAGGAGUACCGCAUCACCAGCGCAGCUGCCACCAGCGAGCUUGAGGAGAUACUGGACUUCAUGCUCUGUGACUCAGACAUUGGCCCCUCCGUGGACUCCCUGGAGAGCCCCCCAGCCGGAAACUCCAAGACCCCCCCAUUUGCCCUGAGUGAGCCAGAGAAGACCUGGGCUGAGGGGGAGGAGUGGUGUUUGCCUGAGGUGGAGCUCUGGCCAAGGGAUUUCCCUGGCCUGGAGAAAGACUCUGACAAGAGCAGGGAUGACAAGGGACCAGGGGAGCCCCUCAGCUCCCUUGUGGCCUCCCAGGGGAGCGAAGGGGAAGAGCUGUCCGUGCCCCCUGCCUGGACCUCAGAGACUACCCCCGGGGACCCCCAAGCAGAGGGCCAGGGGGACAAGCUGCUCUGCUCAGGGUCCCCCAUCCACUUCCACGCACCUUACGGAGACUUGUCACCUCCCUGUGCCAGCUGGGUGGACACAGGCUAUGGGAAAGCAUCUGUGGUGGACGACACGCUGUACCCCGAGGGAGAUCCAGGGGUAGUGUGUCCUGAGAUCAAGGAGGAGGCCCUCGACAGCUCCAGCAAGCUGGGCCUGUCCCCGGGCAGCCUGGAGGAGGAAGGGGAGAUUGAUGUGGUGGACUGGACGGCGCAGGUCGGGCAGGUCCCUUUCCAUGGCCUGUCUGUGUGGCCUGACCCCUCGUCAGAGUCCGAGACGGAGGUGGAUGUGUUGACGUAGCUGGGGUGCUGGGUGGGCGAGGUCACUCCCAACAGCUGGCAGAGCUCCGAGUCGGGCACAGGAGAGGAAGAGGAUCCCGGCAGGAAGCGAGCCCUGCUCUUGGACUGAAGGGGGGCGGGAGUGUGCAGGUGCCUCAGGACAAGCAGGGGCGCCUCUGGCUUGGGCCAGACCCAGCAGCUUGGUAUUAGCUAGAACAGGGCUUCCUGGGACUGGGCUCCAGGCCUCCUGCCUGCCUCCAUCCCAUACCCAGUCUUCCCUGGGCCCUGAGGGUUUGCCUUAGUGAUAGCUCCUUGGAGAAAGCAGCUGGAGGAGCAGAUGGCCUGGGGGGGCUGAGGAAGGUCCUCAGAAGCCCAGAGCAGGGUCCUUUAGGCCUUUCCAUCGGUGUUCUCAGGUCUUCACCCUCUGCUGGAAACUCGGGGAGGCCCUUUCUCCGCUUCCAGGGAGUUAGUGGAGAUGCACUUAACUCUCAAUAAACCAUUUUAAAGCCUCCCCGCGUGAUGUCUGUCUCAGGCCUGUGGCCUCCAGCCCCCAUCCCCCCAAUAACUGGCACUCCUGCCGU